AUGAAUUUUUAUGUUAAUUUCAAUUCUUAAUUAGAAUUUGAUGGGUCUAUUUGGGUUUGGAAUUAUUCUAAAUUUCCUCCAAGAAAAAUCAAACUCCAAAUCACUUUGAUUAAAAAUAAAGGAAUAAAUUAUAGCAGAGAUGGAUCAACUUUACGAAUGUAAUAUUUCUUAUCUAAUAAUUUUUUUAGUGAUUAAGUAAAAGACACAUCAAAUGGAAAUUAAAUUUAUACUAAUUUAGAAUAAAUUCAAUUUCUUCAAUGGUCAGGAGAAUUUGGAAAAAACAAUUAAAAAAUAGGAAGAUGGACAGCCACUUGGAAAGAAGACACUUUAAAAAAUGUUGGGGGUGAGUACUCUGAAGAGGGAGAAAAAUAAGGUCUAUGGAACGAAUUAAUAAAAAGUUUUUGUGAGUAAUUUACAAUCCCAAACUAAUAGUCAAGCUGAAGUAUAUGCAGUGGGAUAGUAUAUGAAUGGCUAGAAGUAGGCAAUUUGGAAGUACUUAUAUAAUGAUAAAGAGAUGUAAUAUGAUUAUUUAUUAAAUAGUGGUGGUGGAUCAUAUGAUGCAGGGAUUAAGAAAGGUAGGUGGAUUUAAUUAAGUGAUGAUUUUUUUUAGAAAUCUUAAGUAACUUAUAAUGGUGAAUUUAAAAAUGGAAAAAAAGUUGGUAGAUGGGAUAUUUUCUUUAAAGGGUAAUACUAGAAACAAUAUUAAAAGAUGUAAAAUAAAAAUAUAAUUAAUUGAGUUUAGUGGUGGUGGAUAUUAUGAAGAAGGAACUGGUAGUGCUAAGAUGAGGAGAUGGAUUGAAUUAUAGGAUGGAUUUAAUAAUUAUUCUUAAGUCAUUUAUAAUGGUGAAUUUUAAAAUGGAAAAAAAGUAGGUAUCUGGAGUAUUUUUUAUAAGAAGUAUGAUGAGAUAGAAUUUAAACAGUUGUAAUAUAAUCACUUAUACAAAUCUUUUAGUGGUUGUGGAUCUUAUAGUAAUGGAAAUAAGACUGGGAUGUGGAUUGAAUUAUAAAAUGGGUUUGAUCAUUAUUCUUAAGUAACUUAUAAAGGCAUAUAUAAAAAUGGUAAAAAAGUAAGUAGAUGGGAUAUUUUGUAUAGGUAAUAUGAUGAGAAAGAAUUUUAAUAGAUGUAAUAUUUUAUUUAGUUUAAAUUUACUAGUGGUGGAGGAUUAUAUACUGAGGAAGGUAAUGGGAUUAAAAUAGGUAGAUGGAUUUAAUUAGAUGAGGAGUUUAGGUAUAAUUCUUAGUUAACUUAUCAUGGAGAAUAUAAAAAUGAUAAGAAAUUUGGUAAUUGGGAUUCUUUCUAUAGAAAGCAUGAUGAAAGCACUUUUAAAUUGAUGUAAAUUGUAUUAAAUUCAAAAUUUUUUAGUGGUGGAGGGUCAUAUGAUGAAGAUGGGAUAAAAAUUGGGAGAUGGGUUGAGUUGAAUGAUGGGUUUAAUUAUUAUUAGUAAAUCAGUAGUAUUGGUUAAUAUAAAAAUGGUAAGAGAGUAGGGAAAUGGGAUAUUUUGUAUAGAAAAGAUGAUUAAAGAGAAUUCGAAUAAAUGUAAAUCAUUAUGUUAAGCUAUUUUAGCGGUGGUGGAUCAUAUGGCAAAGAAGGUGAUGGGAUUAGGAAUGGGAUAUGGACUGAGUUGAGUAAUGAAUUUUAGAAAGAUUAUUAAACAACAUAUUAUGGUCAAUAUUUAAAAGGUAAUAAAAUUGGAAGGUGGAAUAUUCUAUUUAGAAGGCUGGAUGAAAAAAUAUUUAAAUAGAUGUAAAAUUAUUGUGUUCAGUUGUUUUUAGUGGUGGAGGAUCUUAUGAUGAGAGAGGCAAUGGUAUUAAGACUGGUAGAUGGAUUGAAUUGACUGAUAGAUAUGAUAAUUAUUCUUCAGUCACUUAUGAUGGUUUAUAUAAAUAAGGAAAAAAAGUUGGUAUAUGGGUGAAAUAGGGCCUGAUCUAUGGACAUUAAAUAUAUAAAGAAAUGAUAUAUGAUAUUUGA